AUGGGCGGAAAUACUUCAUCAGGCCGCACCAUCCCGAAGGUCACGGUGACCUCGGCCGCCAGUGUGGACAAUUCCACCGUGUCAGCGACCCAGCUCAACAACAGCGAUAUACUGCAGCCAUCCAGCGCGGAGAAACCUAGGAAGAUUGUCUGUGGAAUCAUCACCACCAUAACUCUCGCGGUAACUUUCGUGGGAUUUACAGUUCUGGCGAGAAGAACGUUUGUGUUGUAUACGACAUUCCAGGCACCGUUUUUCUUGACCUACUUUUGCAGCAUCUGGCCAAUCAUAAUGUUCCCGGUGUGCAUUGUUGCGAAAUGGUUGCGAACGAGGGGGAAGUUGCCCAUUUCUUCUUCUUGGAGAGAAUAUAAAGCUGUUUUCAGCGAACACGACACCUACCGUCCUCUGAGUAUCAUCUGUAAGUGUGUUGCCUUCAGCUUCCUGUGGGUUGGACCAUGGUACAUGUUUAUACGCGCGUUAGGCAUGAUCUCGGUGCUGGAUGUGGUCAUCUUAUCGGCUACGUACCCUUGUUUUAUGUAUCUGUUCUCAUGGACGCUGCUCUGUAAUACAUUCAUAGCCUUCAGGAUAGUGGCUAUCCUCAUCUCGGUGACGGGUGUGGUCAUCAUGGUCCAUGGGAGUCCGGAGGGUUUUGACCACGCCUCUCUCUGGACGUGGGGGGCCGCCAUGGCCGCAGUGUCCGCCAUGGCCGGAGCGUUUCAAAAGAUGACAAGCAGCCUAUUUUUAGAUGAAGCACCGUUGUUGGCUGCCUACAAAUCAUAA